AUGAAGCCACAAAAAUCGCUCGAGUACCAGGAUUCAUCCCUAGAACCAGAGCCACCGUAUGAAAAACCGAAACGACAAUUUAGCGUAUCCAAGAAAAAAAAAAAAGAAAGGUCACUAAUAUACGAUGAUACACAUUGA